GCUCGGCACGCUUCCACGCUUGCGUAGCGAACUUCGCUUUUACGUUUGGAUUUUGAAGCACUUGUUUUGAGAUUUGUGGAAUAGUUUGUAUUUUGAAUGCGUCAUUUGUGUGUAUUUUGUGCAUUUUUGAAUUAUUUCGCGUAAAAUCAUUUGUACAGUGAAUCAAAUAACGAUUAAUUAUAUGACGACACCUGUUUCAUGCCUCAUUUUAACUUUGUUAGACUUUGAAAUGUGAUAACGUUGGUGCCUUUCAAGUUUUGUGGAACGUCAAAGUUUACAAAGUGAUAGUUUUGUUGUUCAUUUGGAUUUAAUAUGUGUGAUUACGUUAUUUUUGUGAUCAUAACGAUAACUUGAGCACGUUUGGAGUACGAUAGAAUGACGUAGUUCUGCUGCCGGAGAAACUACAAAGUGCAUUGUUCAACGCGGACUUGAUGAGGUGACAAGAUGGACGCGGCGGACAAGCGCAUGCUGGAGCGCGAGGCGCUCCGCAACAUGAUACAGCAGUGGAACGCCAACCGGCUUGACCUGUUCGAGCUGAGCGAGCCCAACGAGAAUUUGGAGUUCCACGGCGUGAUGCGUUUCUACUUCCAAGACUCUGGACAGAAGAUAGCCACAAAGUGCAUCCGAGUGGCGUCCGAUGCCACCGUCAGCGAUGUCAUAGAAACGCUGAUCGAGAAAUUCCGCCCGGACAUGCGCAUGCUGUCUUUGGGCUCCUACUCCUUGUGGGAGACGCACGGGCCGGAUGACGAGAGGAAACUGGAGCCCCACGAGAAACCACUACUGGUGCAGCUCAACUGGCACGCGGACGACAGGGAGGGGAGGUUCCUGCUUAAGUGUCUCACCAACAAUGAGGCACCUGCGCCGGCGGCGAACGAGAAGGGCGAUCAGAAUUUCAAGCGGAAACUGUCCAAGCGGGAGAAGAAAGAGCUGAAGAAGAAGGAGAAACUGUCCAGACUGAAAUCUGAUACCAACGAUGAGAAUCGACCGGUCGCUGAGAAACUUUACACAGAAUUACCAGAGACGUCGUUCACACGCAGCAUCAGCAACCCCGAGGCGGUGAUGCGCCGGCGCAGGCAGCAGAAGUUGGAGCGGAAGCUGCAGCAGUUCCGGUCGAAAGAUGGCGGCCCCGACACUGGCGGCACGCUGAAGAUCUACGGGUCGUCGCUGUGCGCGGACGUGCCGUACAAGACGCUGCUGGUGUCGGUGCGCGACAGCGCGGCGGGCGUGCUGCGCGAGAUGCUGGACAAGUACGGGCUGGCCCGCCACGACCCGCGCCACUACUGCAUCGUGCAGGUGGACACGACAGACAACUCUGAAUACAUACUGGAGGACGACGAGUGCCCACUGGCGAUCGUCAUGACUCAUCAUCAUCGAGGCUCCAUCAUGUUCCACGUGCGGCGGCGGCCGGCGGACUCUCAGCCGCGGCGGCGGAAGAAGAAGGCCGGCUCCAGCGUGUCUAGCGGAGGCCGACCAGGGAACGACCCAGCUCUCAUUGAGGUCGCCCCCGACGGCUCGACCGUGGAGAAUGGCCGACGACUACGCAUUACAGAUGUCGUCGAGGUGGGUUCAGGCAACGGGACAGCCCUCCAACUGUACGGGCCUUCGAUCCAGCCGCGGCACUGCGUGGUGGCGCCCGCCGAGGGCGGAGGCUACUCCGUCACCCCGCUACACACAGACGCCCAUGUCUACGUCAACGGGAGGAGAAUCGUGCACUCGCAGCGGUUGCAGCACGGCUGCCUGGUGAAAUUCGGACGGGUAUCAACAUUCCGCUUCGUAGAUCCUGCGCAGGAGACGCUUCUCAACAGGAACCUGUCGCAGUCACAGCAUUUCGGAUCAGGAUCCAUUUAUGACAGAUCGCCGACCGGCGAGAGCGGCGCCAUGUCUCCCAACUCUAUGACGUCACACCAGCCCGACCUCGUCGACUCGAACGCCAACACGACCAACGACACAGACUACAACAGAACCAUGAGUCCUGUAUCGCACGAUGCCUACUACAAUCAGAACGACGCGCCGUAUAACAACAACACGUUGAAACUGGACAACGAAUCGCUGAUGAUGUCGCAGCAUCUGAACGACACGAAAGAGGAUUACCGCGACGAGCAGUCGAUGUAUAGCGAACAGGAGCUGGUGAACAACAGGACCGGCUCGCAGUACAAGGACAACUACGAGACCACGUUCGAUCUGGAGGGCAAUGUGGAGACGAAGAGUAUAUGCAGCGCGAAGAGCGGUGGAUCUGGUCACGAUAACAGGAUGGGCGCAAACAGCAUCUCAUCAGCUCGCCCCGGGGCCGAGGCCAUCUUGCCCGCCGUCCUCGAGUUCCCCGAGGCCGGUCAAGCCCAGUUCUUGGCGCACGUCAUAACUCGACUGGACCCGCAUGCGCCGGCAUUCAAACUAGCACCAGUCUACACACUGUACUUGUGCGCCAGAUAUCGAGCCUCAACGCAUUACCGACCCGAGUUGACGCCUACCGAGCGAGCGCACAAAUUGACUGCGUUACUCCAUCACAUCGCCACGCUGAUACACACUACGGUCCAGGAGCGAUGCUCCGACUCAGCUGCGCAAGCGUUCUGGAUGGCGAACGCGAGUGAAUUGUUACACUUUCUCAAAUGCGACAGACACAUCUCGUCCUUUUCCACUCAGGCGCAGGAUUUACUGCCAACCACUGUGCAGAACGCAUUUAGCAACCUAGUAACGUGCUUCCAAGAAGAGCUAUCGCGUGCUCUGUCCACCCUCACCAACCCGGCUGUAGCUGACGCGAACGAAGCCACCGGCCCCACGGUGCAAGUGUUGGCGUCCGCCAUGGUAUUGCUCAGGCGGUGCCGAGUCAACGCAGCGCUCACCAUACAGCUGUUCUCCCAUCUGUUCCAUUACAUCAACGCUGUCUGCUUCAACAAGCUGGUGAGGGAUCCGACAACAGUAAGCGCCCGCUGGGGCGCGGCACUGGCGGCGCGGCUGGCGCUGCUGGCGGCCUGGGCCGAGCGCCAGGGGCUCGAGCUGGCGGCCGACUGCCACCUGGCCAGGACGCACCAGGCCGGUGAGUGACACUCUCCUGUCUGUAGCUGGGAGGCGCUGCUGGCGGCCUGGGCCGAGCGCCAGGGGCUCGAGCUGGCGGCCGACUGCCACCUGGCCAGGACGCACCAGGCCGGUGAGUGACACUCUCCUGUCUGUAGCUGGGAGGCGCUGCUGGCGGCCUGGGCCGAGCGCCAGGGGCUCGAGCUGGCGGCCGACUGCCACCUGGCCAGGACGCACCAGGCCGGUGAGUGACACUCUCCUGUCUGUAGCUGGGAGGCGCUGCUGGCGGCCUGGGCCGAGCGCCAGGGGCUCGAGCUGGCGGCCGACUGCCACCUGGCCAGGACGCACCAGGCCGGUGAGUGACACUCUCCUGUCUGUAGCUGGAGGGAGGCGCUGCUGGCGGCCUGGGCCGAGCGCCAGGGGCUCGAGCUGGCGGCCGACUGCCACCUGGCCAGGACGCACCAGGCCGCUCGUCUAAUCCAAGGCACGUACCGCACCCCGGCCGAGGUGCGAGCCGCCCUGUCCUCGUGCUUCAAGCUGAACUCGCUGCAGGUGUACGCCCUGCUGUCGCCCCUGGCUUCGCCUGAGGUGGUGGAGGCCGGGGUGGCGCACGCGAGGAAGUUGGCCGAUGAACUGUGCCGGGCCAUCUCUAGAGAUAUCAGCCUGGAGGAGAGCCCGCGGCUGGGCGCGGCGCUGCUGGUGCCGGGCGACGGGUUCAGCGCGGAGGUGGUGCGCGGCGUGCCGCCCGGGCUGGCGGAGUUCGUGGCGCCGCUGCAGCGCGGCGGGCUGUGCCGGCUGGCGCUGCAGCCGCUGGCGGCCGGCGCCUGGACCGUGUACCUGGCGGGCUACGGGGCGCCGCGCCGCCCGCCCGACUGCACGCUGCAGGUCAUCCAGCUGCACAAGAACUCCAACGGGAUGGGGCUGAGCAUCGUUGCCGCUAAGGGCGCGGGUCAAAGUAAGCUGGGCAUCUACAUAAAGUCCGUGGUGCCGGGGGGCGCCGCCGCCCUGGACGGGCGGCUCGCGGCCGGGGACCAACUGCUGUCCGUCGACGGACAGUCGCUCCGGGGAAUCACGCAGGAGAAGGCCGCCGAGUACCUAGUUCGCACGGGCCCCACGGUGACUUUGGAGAUCGCUAAACAAGGCGCCGUGCUCCACGGCCUCGCCACGCUGUUACACCAGCCCGCCUACGAUCAGAAACAAGCCCCCGGAGCCGCUGCCGGUCCCGGCACGCCCUCGGGAGCCCUGCGCAGGGCUUCGGAGCGAGACCUCCCCUCCAGACUGGCCGCCGAGCCCGUGAAGCCCAGCAAGAGCACCCCCGCCCUGCACCACGUGGCCCAGGUGCCGCACCACCAUCUCAACAGUGCGACCCUAAGCCCAACUCCGUCCGCGGCGACCGUGGGCCCAGCAGUGGGCAGCGUGGGCAACGUGGCCGCCAGCUCGCAAGCCCACGCGUGGGCCGGCAAGUCAAGGAGCAGUCACAAUCUAGCCCACGAUGGAUUCUAUCAGAAUUUACCCAGCCAUGAGAACCACGCUUUGCAAGACAGAUGGUCGUCGCUGCGCAGUUCCAACGGCAGCAACCGGCCGCAGUCCGCGCACUACCACGCGGCCGACCACCAGCCGGACUCGCCGCAUCAUCACCAGCAGAGCAACCCAGCGCUGAACGCGAGCGCGAUGAGCGCGCGCGCAGCCAAGCUGGCCGAGAUGGCGGACGAGGCGGCGCGCCGGCCGCCGCAGCAGCAGCACCAGCCCGCGCUGCAGAAACCGGCGCUCCAGCCGCACCACCAGGGUCCGAUGAGUCCGACGCAGAUGCAGAUGCACAACCAACACUAUGCCUCCCAGCAGGGCCCCGCGUCGCCCCCGGGCCCCAUGUCCCCGGGCCCGCUGUCCCCGGGCCCCGCGCAGGCGGUCCCCAGCGCGGCGAUGCCGUUAUAUCACAAUCACAUACAACCACCACCACAAAGGUACGAAUGGCAUACGGCUGGACCGCCGUCGCCUCAGCGGUCACAGCCACCCGUAGCUCCUAAACCACAGAAUAUGAGACGGUCCGACGCUGAAAUGGACGAGCGGGAAUUAGAACACAUGCAUCAAAGUCAGAUGAAUCAUAUGCACCAAGCGCAGGUGAACAAUAUGCAACAGGAGCAGAUGAAUAGCAUGCAACAGGCGCAGAUGAACAGUAUGCAACAGGCUCAGUUGAACAGUAUGCAACAGGCUCAGUUGAACAGUAUGCAACAGGCUCAGUUGAAUAGUAUGCAACAGGCUCAGUUCAACAGUAUGCAACAGGCACAGAUAAAUAAUAUGCAGCAAACGCAAGUGAACAAUAUGCAACAAGGGCAGAUGAACAAUUCGAUGAUGAACAGCUCGGAACCGGAUGAUGAGCGGUACGUGGCGAGCGCGCUGGAGCCCCCGGCGGUGUGCGUGUACCCGGCGGGGGGCGCGGGCGGCGGGGGCGGAGCCCGAGCGCAGCCCGCGCGGAACCCCUGGCAGCGCGAGGAGCGCGAGCGGCUGCUGGAGGCCCGCCGCCAGGCCAACAGGAACCGCAGAGACGCAACGAUAGCCCAGCUGCUGUCACUAGGCGCGGCUCGCACCCCCGUCCAGAACCAGCAGCUGCGAGCUUUACAGCUGGAGAGGGAGUUCGAGAGGAGAGCCACGCAACAGGAUCAGGAGGACAACCCAGCGGAGGAGAGGAGCGGGGCGCCGUCGCCGCCGCCCGCCGCGCCCGCGCCGCCGCCCAAGUCCAUACUCAAGGUCAACAGGCAGGAGAACGGAUAUCCGCCUGAGAUGCCGAGCGGGCCGUCGCCGGAGGAGCUGUCGGAGCUGGUGGCGGGCGUGCAGCUGGCGGGCGCGCCGCCGCCGCCCAGCCGCGGCUCCUCGUUCGCCGUGAUGGCGGCGCGGGCGCUGUCCCCCCCGCACGAGCCCGUCGCCGCGCCCGCGCACCAGCCGCAGUCGCCCGUGCGCGACAAGCGCGUGUCGUUCCACGAGCGCGCGGCUCCCCCCUCGGCCGCGGCGCCCCCCGCCCCCCCGGCGCCCCCCGCGCCCCCCGCCAGCUCCCCGCCGCCGCUGGAGCCCGAGCGCGGGGAGGAGCCCCACACGCUGGACCACGCGCCCGGGCAGAGGGAGGACCCCGACCGCUUCAUCGAAGAAGCGGAGUCGAUGUUGUCGUCCCCCACGUCGCCGCACGCGCCGCACGCUGCGCACGCGCACACGCCCGGCGUCAUCGGCGCGCAGGAGGUGUACAGAGACCCGCGCGCGCGCCGCCUGGCGGAGCAGCGCGCGCGCGCGGGCAGCCCGCCCGUCCCGGAGCAGCUCUCCUUCAAGGAGAAGAUGAAGAUGUUCGCGCUCGAGUCCGGGGAGGCCUCCACGCCCAAGGACAAGGUGAAGAUAUCUCGCGCGCAACGAGACAUCGACGCCGUACACUGACGCCGCCACACCGAGCUGACGAAACCUAGAAUAUCGUAAGAGAUGAUGCAUCUCACACAUUGUAAUAUAUCGACGUUAAUUGCAGUAUUACCACACGUUAGGGGUACGAGUUCUCAUGUAUAAUUUGUAUAAAAAUGCAUUUAUCAAGAUGAGACCGGCAUGAAUUUCUAAGUAAAAUAUAUAAAGUCACAAUUUUACAUAAUUAUUGACGUGACCAAUCUCCAUUUAUUAGUACCAGUAGUAAGUAAAAAUCAAUUGCAGUGUCCCACAUACAAAAGUAUUACCUCUGGUAACCCCGUAGCAUAAAUGUCAUAGCAUAUUUUCUCAAGUUAUUUUUUAAUUUAUUCCUUAAGUUAACACAUGAGAUAAAGUGAAAGACAUUAUCAAUGUUUGUGAGUAUGCAUAUACACAAGCAUUUAAUUGUGUAACUAUAGCGUACUAUCUGGGAGCCCGGCGUCUAUGAUCCAGGUGUUAAUGCAGGGGAACCUGGUCUAGCCGGUCUCGGAUUCAUUGCCCCAUAAUGUCCUUCACCGUUGGUGAUUCGCUUUUGUAUGUGGCCACUUGUUACUAAAUUCAAAUUAUAUGGAUAUUUAGAUUAUGGUAUUAUAGAAUCAAUACUGUUAAGAGAUAUAACGUACCUUUCGAUUUAUUUAUCGAUUAAUUUACAAUUAUUCAUGCGAGCCAAUGAUUCCAUCCGCAACGGAAAAUCGGCAGCUGAAAAUGAGCUUGUUUUGUAUUCGUGAGAACAUUUGCCUUCGUCGGUACUUAGCACCAAUUUUACACGUCAAUCGUAGCUAUAAGACAUUCAUUCGAACGAAUAUAUUUUUAUGAUGAACGAUUUUAAUCGAUGUUUACUAUUCGCCUUAGCAGCUAGUGCAAUGGUUUUAUUGUGACAACACAAGUAACGCGGCCAGAUAUAUAUUAUUAUUUGGUUAUAUUCCAAAUUAUAAAAUAUAUUCGUAUCCGGACGAGCGUGGCACGUUAAAAUCUAUGAGUAUUUAUUUUCUAAAUUUAUGUACGUGCCAUUAUUAUAUGAUAUUUGUCUAUAUCGUUUUAUUAUUCUAUUAGAUUUUUAAUCCUAGAGGACCAAUAUGUAUGUCGGCGGGUGCCUUUGCGUGGACCUAAGUAAUAAAUGUUACAUAUCGCUCGGACCUUUCAUUAUACCUAUAAGCUUCGUUACAUUCCAAAGAAUAUUUCUUUAUUCGAGUUCUAUAUUUAGCAUUCCUAUACUCUUGAAGCAUGUUAUGUGUGAAACACAUCUAUUAUACGAUCGUUCUAUUUCAAUCGCUCUAACUUUACAUCAAACAGAAAGCAAUAAAGCAUUGUGACGCCUUCGUUGUAUAUAAAUAUAAUUAUAAAUGUUAUAAGCACAUGUUUGUGCCAAAUGUUUGUGGCAAAACGUCGGGAGUUCAUUCUUCUUAAUGACAUUACACAAUUUAAUGGUCACAAUAUUCAUUGACAAUCUGCACUCUGCGAUGAUAUGCAUUAUAUGUGGUGUUUUGGAGUCUUUUCACACCAAUAUGUGAAGAAAAUAAAACUCAUUUUUAAUGAGGUACCAGAAAAAUGCUUAUUAUUUAUUACAUUCAGCGCAUGAUGCAUUUGCAAGUAAUAUACGCUGACCUAACUAUAUUGAAUGAAAGUUUGUCAUUUCUUUUCCAUAUCGAUGAAGAAUAAUGGCAUCAUCAAUUAGUUCAUCAAUACCUAGAAAAUAUAUUAUCAAAUAAGUUAAUUUUUUUACAUUUUAUUAUUAUCGUUCCGUUGUUAACCAACAAACAGCGUGGUACAGGCGUGACAUGCAGAGUGGAGGUUCGUCAAUAUUUUUAGUUACGACCUAGUUGAAGAUCAUGUGGCACCAAUUUAUUGUAUAUAAUGUAGGUAGUGGAAUCCUUAUCGGUAAAUUAAGGUUUUUGUAUACCUGUUUGUAUAUGUAAAUGUUUAUUUAAAGAUUAUAUCGAGUUGACAGACGUUACGGAAAGUGGCCUAUUUGAACAUAGACUUAGUUUAGUUCCUGGGAAUGAUUUCGAGUUAUCCCAGUAUUCACCCAACGAUAGUCAAUUAGCAAAAGAAUGAGAUUUAUUUGUAGAGGAGUAUUAGUAUUUUAUUGCUUAGUAAGCUACACGACUCCAACUUAUGAAUACUUAAAUAAUAUAAUUGAUAUAGUUAUACACGAAUUACUUGUAUCGUUAUUAACAUUAAUUAUUGUACUUCAUUUCCUUACAAAAAUAAUAAAGUAACAUUUUAAA